AUGCUAGGAAACAUUGAGCAUUCAAGAAGCUCUUCAAAAAUUUGGCUUGACUUUGGGACAGAGAAUUCCCGUCGUUACAUUGAUAUUAUGAAAAUUCAUGAAAAUAUAGCUCUUCACGCGUUAACUGGCUGCAAUUAUAAUCCCGCAUUUUUCUCUAAAGGUAAGAAAAAGCCUUUUGAAAAACUGAAAAAGUCCGAAAAAUUUCAAAAAACUUUCCAAGAGCUUGAUAAACUAGAUAUAAUAUUCGAUGCUUCAAGUAUUUCUCCUUGUACCGCAGAGCUCCAACAACAUUUCUUGAGAACUUUUAACAACAGGGUCUUUAUUCCUCUUUUCAUAGUGGUGGUGAAUAUGAAGAUGGGAAUUACGAAUUCGCGGAGCUGCGCGACAAUUCCUCAAGUACGGGGUAAAGCCCCGGUGGAUCUUAUGCUUGAGCCUACAAGUAAAUCACGCGUAAUAACCAUUCGAGCUCGUAAGCCUUAUAUACGAUGUCUGCGCGAUCGGGUGUCUCUUUUGCUCACGCGUAUCGAAUAG